UCGCCGGGGCUGGCGCUGGUGGUGUGGGCGGCCUGCGGGGUCUUCUCCAUCGUGGGCGCCCUCUGCUACGCCGAGCUGGGCACCACCCUGGCCAAGUCCGGCGGCGACUACGCCUACGUGCUGGAGGUCUACGGGCCGCUGCCGGCCUUCCUCAAGCUCUGGGUCGAGCUGCUCAUCAUCCGGCCCUCCUCGCAGUACAUCGUGGCCUUCGUCUUCGCCACCUACCUGCUCAAGCCCGUCUUCCCGCACUGCCCGGUGCCCCUCGAGGCCGCCAAGCUCGUCGCCUGCCUCUGCGUCCUGCUGCUCACGGCCAUCAACUGCUACAGCGUGAAAGCCGCCACUCGAGUUCAAGAUGCCUUCGCCGCGGCCAAGCUCCUGGCCCUCACCUUGAUCAUCCUGCUCGGCUUUGUCCAGCUUGGGAAGGGCGACAUCUCCAACCUGAGCCCCGAACACUCCUUUGAUGGCACAAAAACAGAAGUCGGGAAUAUUGUCUUGGCCUUGUAUAGCGGCCUCUUCGCUUAUGGAGGCUGGAAUUACUUGAAUUUUGUCACAGAAGAGAUGAUUAAUCCUUACAGAAACCUGCCUUUGGCCAUCAUCAUCUCUCUCCCCAUUGUCACCUUGGUUUACGUCUUGACCAACCUGGCAUAUUUCACAACGCUCUCGGUGGACGAGAUGCUGUCGUCCGAAGCCGUUGCCGUGGACUUUGGGAACUACCACUUGGGCGUCAUGGCCUGGAUCAUCCCUGUCUUUGUCGGCUUGUCCUGCUUUGGCUCAGUCAAUGGGUCGCUCUUCACCUCCUCUCGGCUGUUCUUCGUUGGGUCCCGAGAGGGCCACCUGCCCUCCCUCCUCUCCAUGAUCCACCCCAGGCUGCUCACACCAGUGCCCUCACUCAUCUUCACCUGCAUCAUGACUCUGCUCUACGCCUUCUCCAACGACAUCUUCUCGGUCAUCAACUUCUUCAGCUUCUUCAACUGGCUCUGCGUGGCCCUGGCCAUCAUCGGCAUGUUGUGGCUGCGUUACAAGAGGCCGGAGCUGGAGCGCCCCAUCAAGGUCAACCUUGCGCUGCCGGUCUUCUUCAUCCUGGCCUGCAUCUUCCUCAUCGUCGUCUCCUUCUGGAUGACCCCGAAGGAGUGUGCCAUCGGUUUCACCAUCAUCCUCAGUGGGGUCCCGAUUUACUACGUGGGUGUCUGGUGGCAAAACAAACCCAAGUGGCUCCUUCAAGGCAUCUACUCCACCACGGUCCUGUGCCAGAAGGUGAUGGAGGUCGUCCCACAGGAGUCUUAGAGGUCGCAAAACGCACCUGCCUUCGGAUCAAGCCAGCGCACAAUAUUAUUUUCCGAACACGAGUAUGUCUGAUUCCUCAUGUAAAGAAGAAAAAGCCUAGCCGGGGUCCCGUGGAGAGGAGCCCCAGAGCCCUGCGGCGCCUGCCCCUUCUCCCACCCACCCCCAUCCCGCCUGACGACCUUCCUUCGCUCCAGCCGGGCGGCCGACAAGAAGCAGGAGGAGAAGUGGCCCCUCUUUGGGAAGAGAAGCCGGGACCCUCAAGGAGGCCCCAGAACCUGGGGCAACGUUUACACAGGAGCCUCGUGGAAUUCUUGAGUCCCUUCGUUGAGUCAACCAACGAGUUACGCCAUCCUGCGUUCCUUCACAGAAAUCGCCAGCGAGGGCCUCUCCCACCCACCCCCACCCCCAUCGCUGUCUUGGCGUUUGCAGAAAGAACGAAAACCGGUUGAUCUGGCCGUGCAGGGUUUUCUUAGGGGGGGGGGAAGGUUGUCCUAAGCACGACACUCCUUGGUGCACACAGAGAAAGGCCCUCUCACACACAACCCCCCCCAAAAAAACAACAACCACAAACUGAUCCAUCAAUGAGUCCUGACAGCCGCAGACUUGGCUGCCCCGACAUGAACUGUUAAAAGUUAUCGUUGUUACUCAUUAUUUUUUUAGGGAAUCUAAUGCUUUUUUUCCCCGCCUCCCUUGUAGUCCUGGGUUAUGAUGACUUAAAAUAAACAUUUUUUUACGUUCCUA